UUAUUAUCAUUUUUUAAAGGACGAGUUAUCUAUUUCUAUCAUAGUGCAAUAGUAUAAAAGUAUUCCACUGCUGUUAUAGAGCGCUGCAUAAUUGUUGUUAUCACGAGAGUAAUACUGAAAACAACAAUUCCAUGCUCGUUGAGCAACUACUAUAAAUAUAUCGUUUAUCGUGGUUAAGACUGAGAAGUGAGAGUUCGUUAAGGUCCUAAUAUAAGCUAAUAUAAUAUAUAUUUAAAGAUCCCUAGUGGCCUAGUUAAAGUAUUACUAAUUACAAUGAGACUAACGUUUAUCACAGUUUUGGUUUUAUAUUUAUCCAGCGAAUAUACUAUAAAAUGUUCAGAAGAUGAAUUUGUUGAUCCCUUGGAUAUGCUCAACUAUGAUAGAUUGACAAAAUCGAUGAAUAAACCUAAAUCAAAAACAGUAGCUGGUGAGCCUAUUCAAAAUGACCGUUGUACAGUUUUCCUUUCAAGAUUUAUUAACAUACUGUUAAUAAACACUGGAUUAUCUAAUAUUGAUCAAGUGUCAAAUGAAGAGCUGAAGUCGUACGCUUCAGUAGCUCUCAGUGUUCAAGAUUUAGAGUUAUUAAAAAACAUGGCCAAUAAAAGGGAUAUAGAUUACACAGAAAUUGAUCGAAUUUUAAAUAGUCUAUUUACUCCAAUAAAAAUGGACUCCUCUGAAUUUAAAGUAUUAAACAGCCGUUUAGAAAUAUCUGAUCAGAUUAAGGAAGCAUUGUAUUGGAUUUCAGUUGGUUCUAUUUUAAUUGUUUUACUGUAUAUUAUUUUUCAAAAAAUUCAUUAUGUUUUCAGUCUAACAUUUAUUUUAUUUAUUAUUUUUGCAUUUGGAUUUGCUUCAACCUGGUACACUAUGUACAUGAAAGCUGAAAUCAAUCGCAGUGUUCAUUUAGAGCACAUGCCUUCUCAGUGUCAUGCAAAAGGCUGGUCUACUUUUUCUUGGUUUCAAACUAACAAUUUAGAUGAGUGCAAAAAGUACAAAGAAGCAAUUUAUUUAGAUCCUAAAUAUUCUAUUUCUGUAACUGAUAUAUUAGCUGAAAUGCUCAGUAAAAUGAUGAUGAAGCCGGUAGAAGCCUUAGGAGAUUCUAUAUAUGUGUUCAAUAAAUCAGUUUUAAAGGAUAUACCAUAUUGGGCUCAAAUAAUUUUGAUUCCUAUCGUUAUUGUUAUAAUCAUUAAAACAAUAUUUUUAUCAAGUGCAUUAUUAGUUGGUCGAAGUUUAAGCAUGAAAUAUAUAUUUGGAUAUGGUGAUACAUCAAUUGGUUCAGGACCAAUUGGCAAUAACCAAUUUAAGACAAAUGAUAGAGUUAACAACAGUUUUCAUCCAGUAACAUCAGCACAACAUACAACUCCUCAAAUUCCUGAAUUACCAAAAGUUAAUUUCAAUAUCAAUUUAUUUCAUCCCAGUCAAACUAAAAAUAAUCAUUUUGGAUUUGAUGAUAAAUUUCAAAUCAAUUAUGCAAAAGAAAGCAAUUUAAUAGCAAUGCUAAAGAAUAAAGAGAUAGACAGUGUUGAUAGUAAAGGUUUCAAAGACCUUAGUAAAAGAGUACCUAGACACAGAACCUUGUCUAUUUGAUUUUCCGUUUUCAAAGCUUUAUGAUAAUUUAUCUAUUUUUUAAUUUAUAAGUGUUUUCCCUUUUGGAUUAUAAUGGUGUAAAUAUAAGAAUUUUUGUAUAUAUGUACAAUAUUUUUGUAUACGAUGUUCCAUGGUGUAUCUAUAUAUUUCUCAUGUGGUAAGAUAAUGGAACUUCCAUUAAAAUACUACUUAAAAAUUGUUUUCACAUUAUGCGCAAUUGUAAUUUAUAUACUAUGUAUACGUUUUAUUAUUUUACUAUACAAGUUUUGAACUAAAAAAUUAUUUUAAGUUAAGACUUAUUUCAUUUUAUUAUUAUAUUAUUAUUUUGAGUACCUUGAUAAUUAAACAAAGUUGUCAUCAGAUUUAUUGGAGCACUAUAAGGAUAUACUUUUGUAGUUAAAUUAGUUUUUAUAUUUUGAUUAUUGUAAAGUUCGUAAUUACUAAAGACUGAAGACUAA